CCCUCUACAGAAUGUCUCUUUUGCUCUCAUUGUAAAUUGAAGCGCCUCUUUCGGCGGAACCUACCCCAAGAGCGGAAAGCGGAGAUCAAUUAGAAUUGUGAACCCCAAAGCGAGCGAUUGAUACGAUACACUCACGAGUACUCAUGCCCAAGCCCGAGUACUCUGUCCAGCAUCCACAUCGGGGAAUCAACAUAAAUGGGUGGCUCCGCGGACGGUGUUCCAGCAGUCGCGCUUGGGCGGUCCGAGUGAGCAGUAACGGAUCUUCUGCAGAAAUCAGUGCAUAGAUACAGUAUCUGAAGGAUCAAAGUGUUGAAAAUCAAUUAAAAGAUGGACGAGGCUUCUGGCACGACGACAACCGAUGGCAAGUCCCUGGAUGAGGCGCCGGUGGCCGCAGGACUGGAGCCCACACAGCCGAUCGGCUUCCUGCAGCUCUUCCGCUUCUCCACCUGCGGGGAGAUCGCGUGGCUCUUCUUUGGGUUCCUCAUGUGCUGCGUCAAGGCGUUGACCCUGCCCGCAGUGGUCAUCAUUUACAGCGAGUUCACAGCAGUGAGUACCGGGCACAGAUACUCCCGCAGAUGCAGAUUCAGAUACUCCAACCACAAUCUCUCUCCCUUCGAUUCUCGAUUCCGUAGCCCUCUCCGCUGCCACGAACAUCACCACGCUGUCGUUUCCCUUCACGAUGGCCAACAGCAGCGGCGGCGGGUACACCAUUCCCACGGGGACCCUGAGCAUCCUUCCCAUCGCGGCGAACGCCCAGCUGCCGACCAUCACGACAACGGCCAGUGGCUACGAGCCCAAUGACGUCAUCACCACGAUCCCCGUCUCGCUCUCCAUUCAGCGCUUCCCCUCGUCCCUGUCCAUCGUGGACCUGGCCCAGGAGCAGGACGGCUACAGCAACAGUGGCUCCAGCAACGGCAUGACCGUGGGGCCGGGUGCGGGCGGCGGCGGCGGCAUCACCACCACGGCCCUCCUGUCCGUGAAGCCCCUGAACAGCAGCGGCAACGGCAACAUUUCGCGGAACAACAGCUUCAGUCUGAGCUUCAACCUGCAGGACCCCACAGUGCGCUCCUCGGUGCGUUCGGCAGGAGCCCCCACAGUGGAUACAGUGGACAACUCUUCAUCCGGUGGCACGAUCGCCCUGCCCCAGAGCGGCGCCACGGCAACGGCAACGGCCACGAGUGCUACCUCAACCCUCGCCAAACACAGUCCCGAGGCCAAGACAGGAGAGGUCUAUGUCUGAGCGGAGGAACAGGACACCUAUUCCGACCCAUCCACUGGAUUAUAGCUUUCGUCGUAGGUUUAAGCACCCCCUUCCAGAACCACUGAUACGAUAUUAUCAUCUAGGAAAGAGAACAAAACAAGAGUAAUCCUCUCUUCGGAUUGUACAUACAUAUGCACACAUCAAUAUACAUACAUAUAUAGCCCACAGACGAUAUCGUAUCGUAAUGGAUCGUAUCGUACGGCACACGCGAGUCUUUCUCGAUAGUUGGGCGAAUAAAUUACGAAUAAAAUCUUUACCAAGAGAAUCUCCAUUAUAUUACCCGU